UUAUAGUACAGUGGAAGACUGACAUUGAAUAAAUAACCACAUAAAGUAAAUAGUUUCAAAUUAUGAUAAGGGCUUCGAAAGUAAAGUGCAAGUAGUGGUAAGAGCAUUUAGCAGGUGAUCUGACUCAGUCUGGGGUGGGGUGGUCAGGCCAGGCUUCCAAAGAGAAAUGACAUUUGACCUAGUAGCUGAAGGAUGAGUCAGUUAGCUGAGCAGAGGAAGGUGGGUGGGGGUUAAAGAAGAAGAGCACCCGGGCAUAGAGAUCAGAAUGGGCAAAGGCCCUUUGGUGGGAAGGAACAUAGUAUGUUUCAGGAACAGAGCAGUCCAGUGUGGCUGAAGCACAGAGUCUGAGGCCCCCGCCCGGCGCCCCCAGUCUUUUCUGAGGGCGGAAAUGGCCAAUUCGGGCCUGCAGCUGCUGGGCUUUUCCAUGGCCUUGCUGGGCUGGGUGGGCCUGGUGGCGUGCACCGCCAUUCCGCAGUGGCAGAUGAGUUCGUACGCGGGCGACAACAUCAUCACGGCCCAGGCCAUGUACAAGGGGUUGUGGAUGGACUGCGUCACGCAGAGCACGGGCAUGAUGAGCUGCAAGAUGUACGACUCGGUGCUCGCCCUGCCGGCGGCCAUUCAGGCCACUCGAGCCCUAAUGGUGGUAUCCCUGGUGCUCGGCUUCCUGGCCAUGUUCGUGGCCACAAUAGGCAUGAAGUGUACACGCUGUGGGGGAGACGACAAAGUGAAGAAGGCCCGUAUAGCUAUGACUGGAGGCAUCAUUUUCAUUGUGGCAGGUCUUGCUGCUUUGAUAGCUUGCUCCUGGUAUGGCCACAAGAUUGUCACAGACUUUUAUAACCCUUUGGUCCCCACGAAUAUUAAGUACGAGUUUGGUCCUGCUAUCUUCAUUGGCUGGGCAGGGUCUGCUCUGGCCCUCCUGGGAGGUGCACUGCUCUCUUGCUCUUGUCCUGGGAGUGAGAGCAAAGCUGGAUACCGUGCACCCCGCUCCUACCCUAAGCCCAACUCUGCCAAGGAGUAUGUGUGAGCAGGGACCCCCUUGCCCCAGCCUGGCGGUCCAUGAGUUCUGACACCUGAAAGGACCUGGGGCAGAGCUCAGCUUGUGGGCAGGGUGUGGAGCAGAAACCUUCAGUCACUCUAGUCCUGCACACCAUGUACA